AUGCCGCAGCUCCCACCCGACGUCACGACCAACAACACAAUCGACCAAGGAGACCAAGUCUUGAUGAUGGACGGGACAGGGUACUUGUACAUUGUAAAAGGCUGUUCCACGUUAUUCGGUGAGGUCUCACAUGACUUGACCAAAGGGAGAGCGACGAUGAAGGCGGAGGGGAACAUGAACAGGAAUGCAGGGUACAAAACACUGACAGUGAGCGCUUUCGACGCCGCGGCCAGCAGCUUCGGCGUCAGCAACUCCACAAUGUGCGCCAUAAUUGUUAUGGUCACUGCCAGAUACUACAUGAGGGACAUGGUCAAGGUCGCCCGGAAGCUGGGCUUCAACAUCAUUUACGGCGACAUCGAUUCGAUCCUCGUCCGCGUCGAAUGGAGACAGAGCACGGCUGCGAGGAUACGGCCCAUCUCAUCACGCAGUCCGUCGUCAAGGACAUAA